CCACACCCCCGCCCUCCCGUAGUUGGCGGUGCCUUCGUGGGCCCGCCAGGGAGACCGCCACAUUCCUGCGCCUUCAGUGCACACUUGUGCUGGGGCAGGGCAGAAGGCAGCCGUGGGUCCAUCCAGCACGGGCUGGCUCCUGCGGGACCUGGGCACUGUUCUCACGAGCGCAGCGCGCACCCCUUUUGGAGACUCGGAGACCCAGCGGCUUCGGAGUUCAGGCGGGGGACGCGGCGACUGGGCCAGAAUCUGGCCGCCUCGAGGAAUGACGGGGCCGCUCUCACAGCCCAGGGAGGUGGAGAGGGCGAGCCCCACAGCCAGUCGCCAGACACCCUCCUGGGCAACACCGAUAAGGAGCUGAAUACAGGAGUCGCCGUCACCCCGAGCAGCGCCGGGACAGCGCUGGUGGCCCCUUGUCAACGGGAGCCCCGGGACCUGGCUAUGGAACCAGCAGGCUGCCCUAGGGAAUUGCUCCCGCGGCCCUGCAGAGUGCUGGUGCUGCUGAACCCCCGGAGCGGCAAGGGCAAGGCUCUGCAGCUCUUCCAGAGAUUUGUGCAACCCCUCCUGGAGGAGGCCGAAGUAUCCUUCAAACUUACACUCACCGAACGGCAGAACCAUGCCAGAGAGCUGGUGUGUGCAGAAGAACUGGGUUACUGGGAUGCCCUGGUGGUCAUGUCCGGUGAUGGUCUCAUGCACGAGGUGGUGAAUGGGCUGAUGUCACGGCCUGACUGGGAGACUGCCAUCCGGAAGCCCCUGUGUAGCCUCCCCGGAGGGUCCGGCAACGCGCUGGCGGCUUCCUUGAACUACUAUGCUGGGUACGAGCAGGUAACUAGCGAAGCCCUCCUGACCAACUGCACGCUGUUCUUAUGCCGCCGACACCUGUCACCCAUGAAUCUGUUGUCACUGCACACGGCUUCCGGACUGCAGCUCUAUUCUGUGCUCAGCCUGUCCUGGGGCUUCGUUGCUGAUGUGGACCUGGAGAGUGAGAAGUACAGGCGCUUGGGGGAGAUCCGUUUCACAGUGGGGACCAUCUUUCGCCUAGCAACCCUGCGAAUCUACCAGGGCCAACUGGCCUACCUUCCUGUAGGAAAUGCUGCCUCGGAGAUGCCUGCUUCUCCAGUACAGGCGCACAAGGGCCCUGUGGACACAUACCUUGUUCCCCUGGAGGAGCCAGUGCCUUCUCACUGGACCGUGGUGCCAGAACAGGAUUUCGUGCUGGUGCUGGUACUGCUACAUACCCACCUGAGCACCGAGAUGUUCGCGGCACCCAUGGGCCGUUGUGAGGCUGGCGUUAUGCAUCUGUUCUAUGUGCGUGCGGGGGUGUCAAGGGCCACGCUGCUGCGCCUCUUCCUGGCCAUGCAGAAGGGCAAGCAUAUGGACUAUAACUGCCCAUAUUUGGUGCACGUGCCUGUGGUUGCCUUCCGCCUGGAGCCCAAGAACCAGAGAGGCAUGUUUUCCGUGGAUGGGGAGUUGAUGACAUGCGAAGCCGUGCAGGGCCAAGUGCACCCAAACUAUUUUUGGAUGGUUUGUGGCAGCAGAGAUGCCCCAUCCAGCUGGGAGCCUCAGCCGAGGCCAUCUCCAGAAAAACCAUGAUUCCCUGGCUCUCCGUGCCUUUGUCUAUGCCUACACUGAGAUGGGACCCUCUCCUGCAUCCAUACCCUCAUAUGGGAGGCUAUCUAAAGCUCACAUGGAGGUGGUAGGGACCCUGUAGGGAAAGUAGGAAGGUGGGGCUGUAAGAAAGGCUCUGCCCCCUAAACGCUAGACCGCGAAUCUGGGCAGGCGCCCUCUGACUGGGCAGUUGCAUCUAGAAGGCACUCACCAUUGUGCUUGGAGCCCUUCUGAGAAUCAAAUCCAAAUAAAGUGACUUCCAAUCUGCUGAUCCUGUCCUAGGACUGGGAAGAGAAUGGGGUUUUACACUAGCAAGGGCUAUGAAAUUGUACUGGGGAUUGAACCCAGGGACUCUGACCAGCUAUGCAAGUACACGAUCACUGUUAUGUGUCCAUGGCGCAGUCAUGUUGGUGCUGGGCACAUGGACUCCUUAGGGACUGAUAAUCAGACUCCCUUCAGCUGCGGAGGCCCUCAGAGCCUGGCCAGCUGCCCCACCGCCACAUGGUGCCCUCAGAUCCAGUUGCCAUCCUGAGUGGACUGCGUUAGAUGCCUCGGGGAGACUGGCAAACAGGAGGCAGAUCCUGUUGAAUGUGGGUGAUCACCUGGGCCUGCGUACUAGGCACUGCCAAAGAGAUGGUAUCUCCUCCUAGCCAUUUCUAUACAAUUCUGCCCUAAUUUCAACUGGUCUUGGGAGUGCUGGGAUGGGAGGGGAGUGGGGACAUCCCAUCCACGUGGCUCCAGGGAAACCAUUACCUGUGCUGGGUGGACUUUCUAGUGACUGCUUUGGAGUCCCCUCUGCUCCUGCGACUAAACCCUCACCCAUGAUCCGCAACUGAGCCCAGAAAGCUCACUGGCUUCCCAGUGGACCCGAACUUUGUUGUCAGGACCUGGAGACUUGCUAAUCUCUCUCCAGUCAAGAGAUCCUGACAACACAUUUCAAACUGAAAAAUAACAGGCAGUAGUUAGACCCACGACAUCGUCUCGGCCCACUGUCUUUUAACAGGAAUAGGGGAAGCAGCAGGAAAGCGGCAGAUGCCACCUCCCCCA